UCUGCUCCUGUUCUUGAUAUUGCACCGGGGAGAUCGAGGGCGUGGGAGAUCCGGCACCAGCCAAGCAAGUUUUAUAGAAAAAAGAAAUCUCGUAACAUUUGCUGAUAUGAUGUCUUAUUCCAGAAGAUCAAGGUAUUCUCGAUCGCCUUCUCCAUACAAGCGAUAUGGGAGGUCUAUCUCUAGGUCUCUGUCUAGGUCAAGAUCGAGGAGCUUUUCAAGGAGCCCAUCAAGGGAAGCAGAGAAUCCUGGUAACAACUUGUAUGUUACUGGCUUGUCUCCUCGGAUUACUAAGAGAGAGCUGGAGAAGCAUUUUGCAAGUGAGGGAAGAGUGAUUGAUGUUCAUUUAGUUGUUGAUCCUUGGACAAGAGAAUCACGAGGGUUUGGAUUUGUGACAAGAAAUGUUGAGGAGGCUGAUAGAUGCAUAAAGUAUCUGAAUCGCUCUGUGCUUGAAGGGCGUGUCAUCACAGUAGAGAAGUUUCUGUGGCAGCAGGUUAGCUGUGUGUAGCAGCUCUUCAUCAAACUUACAAAUCUCAACUAAACAUACAAAUCAAACACAUCAACAAGUAUCAGGCCAUUGGGGUUGUAUGCCCUGCAUUCUCUCUUUUUUCUUUUCUCGCAAUUGUAUAAUUGAAUUUCAUGUUUUAUGAUCUGUUUAGCUUUAAGAUUGCUCUUCUAACUGAUAGUUUAUUAUUUGCUUUUACCUUUUUCCAUGGUUAGUCUUUAGUUAUUUUGUGGUUUCUUGGUCUCAUGCUCCUUAUUUGCAAUCGUUGCAGGCUAGAAGGCGAAGAGGUCGAACUCCAACCCCUGGGAGGUAUCUUGGGUUGAGGACUGUUCGGGGUCGCCGCCGUUCUUUGAGCUCCUCCCCUC